GCCGCGGCGAUUUUAAACACGCACACCGAGAACCAGGCGGAUACUGUACGCGCUUAAGUCAUCGCCGGCGCUCGUUGUUGAAAUGUGCUAGUGCGUGUGCGCGGUGUACCGUACAGACGUUGAUAACAUCUCGACCGCACACGACCGAAAGCCGCGUUUCCGUGCUCGGCACACCGUCACCAGAGAAACCGGUAUUCAAAAUGAUGUUUAAAUACAUGUGUUUGGUUUUGUUCAUAACGUGGUAUCAAUUGGCCGACUGUCAUCCUGCAAAUUCGGAUGCAAAGCUAAUAGAUUCCAUGAUUGAAAAGGAAUCGGAAGCAUUUAUAGCAGCUGAAGCGGAACAAUCUAGUCAUAAGACGAUCAGAGAUAAAAGAACGAUCGGUUUCUUGCGGCAGCUGUUUCCAAAUCUAUCUCAGAUAGUCGACCGAAAGAUCCAACAGAUCACGCGAUUCCUAUUCCGCGUGAUCGGCCGACUGGUGCUCCGGGGCGGCGCCGGAGGGGGCGCGGGAGGCGGCGCUGUAGCGGGCGGCGGUGGCGGCGGCGGCGGCGGCGGUGACGCCGGCGGCUCCGGUGGCCGGCGGAUAUCGAUCACGUUGCCCACGUUCCCGCCGUCCACCGACGACGAGGACGAGGAGCAGACUGAAGUGCCGGCCGCCGUGCCCGCCGCGGCCACGGAAUCACCGGCCGCCGGCACCACGCCGUCGUCGGUCCUAGCGUCCGACACGGUGUCCGCCACCGACUCCGCGCCGGCCGAGUCCGCCGUCGACGUAGUCGCCACCACCAGCGCGGGCAUCACCACCAACGCCCCGAUGAUCACCACCAUCACCGCGGCCACCACCACCGCGGCCACUACCAACACCGCCGCCGAUAACGCCGUCACCACCAUCAGCAUCACCACCACCACUACCACCACCACCACCGCCGCCAGCAGCACCAACGCCGACGCCGUCACUCAACCGCCGUCGGACUCGGACAACACGGUAGGAACGGGCAUCGUAAAGAGGACUGCAAGGGAAGUGUCGACGGAAAAAACAAGUUCGGCCAAGAAACGGUCACCGCUCACAGACACUGAAAACGUCGACGUGACGUCGUCCGACAAUACGUUGUCGAGCGGAAGCGCUAACGACGAAGCCCGAUCGGAUGAUACGAUUCUUGCCGACGACGACGAGGACCCGAAGAACAAACGGGUUUUGUUCAACUUGCGAGGUGGCGGCAGCGGUGGAUCCGGAAACAUUUUGUUCGACAUGAUUCGAAGGGGAGCAGACAGAGCAGCUAGGGCUGCCGGUGGUUUCUACAGAGUGGUCGCAGGAACCGACCCAAACACAUUAACACUCGCACAGCCUCUUCAAUAUCCAUCGUUGAUAGCCGGCAGCGGUGCGAACCAGGACAAAGACGAGGUGGCCGACGGUUCACAGCUCGAAGGCGCCGAAUCUCAAGAAGUGCGGACGGACGUGAACGCCAAGGAGGACGGUUACAGCGUCGGCGUGCCCGGACCGCUGACUAGAAUCUUCGUAAUCGCCAACCGAGGCGUGGCCAAUUUGGUCCAAGACUUGAUUCUCAGAUUGGCCCAGACCACGGAGCGAAUAGUGAACUUCAAAGCCAGAUUAAUCACAUCUCUCAUCUAAGCAAAUAUUCAAGUUUGCGUAGUAAUUUUGUAAUUUAUUACCUACAAACGAUCCAUUUUAGUCAUAACCCAUAUGGAGAUAAAAAUCUUGGUUCUACGUCUUUUUUUUGUUUUUCUUUUUUUUUUUUGUUUCAAGCAACGUAGAAUAUGUAUCGACACGAUUUUUCUUUUAACUAUGUAUGUAAUUAUUAUAACAUAUAUAUAUUAAUAAUUUGUGUACAACAAUCGUGUUAUAUCAUGACACAUCCAUACAAAUGUAAAUUAUACGACGAAAUCAAAACUUAAAAUAGCCAAAUUAUUAUUAUUAUUAUUAUUAUUAUUAGUAGUAUUAUCCAUUUUUAUUGUAUAUUAUAAACGAUUUGUCUAUAUUAACGAUGUCUAGUUACAUAUAUUCACCUGUGUGCAUAAAAAACCGAUAUUAUUAUUUUUAAUACCUAGUUAAUUUUGUGAAACGUGUGCCAAAACACAAUUUAUGUAUGAUAUCCA